AAAAAAAUUGAUCAUAUGAAGUACUACGAGUCUACAAUUUACAAGUAACAUUCUCCAUACUACUUUCGUUCCUACACACUAUUUCUUCUGCUUACACCUUCUGCAUUUCGCGAGAAUUUGUUUUUCUUUCACAUUUCUAGGGUUCUAACUUCUAAGCUAGCUUCCCUUCGCAGAUAAUGGUUGGAAGAGCUGUAGUUUUUGACGAUGAAGAGGAGCUCGAUGCUCAAGAACUCGAUGAUGGCGAAGAACACGAUGAUGGGGAAGGAAUUGGUGGCGGUGAUGACGAUGAAGACGAAGACGAAGAAGGACAGGAUGAGUUUGAGAAUGAUGGUUUUAUUGUUGAUGGCGAUGAAGAAGAGGAAGAACCCCAAGAAGAUGAUGAUGAAGAAAGACAUAGAAAGAAGAGGAAAAAGAAAAGGGAAUCCUUUGAACUUGAUGAUGAUGAUUAUGAGCUUCUACUGGACAAUAAUGUGAAAGUUUCUCGUAAAGAAACCAAGUUGAAAAGGUUGAAGAAGGCUGAUACUGAUGUUGGGCAUUCUGAUGAGGAUGAGUUUAAUGGUACACGGAGAAGUGGAAGGACAGCAGAGGAGCAGGUCAAGCGUUCCUUAUUUGGUGAUGAUGAUGGACCUGUUGAGGAUAUCCCAGAAGAUGAUGAGCAGAUAGAAGAAGAUCUAGACUUGAAUGAUGACGAAGAUGACAUGGCUGAUUUUAUCGUGUCCGAAGAUGAAGUUGAUGUUGAUGGAUUGCCUGUUAGAAAGAAGCCGCAAAAAAAGAAGCAUAGACAAGCUCCUGGAGUUCCAUCAUCUGCACUGCAGGACGCUCAUGAUAUAUUUGGAGAUGUGGAUGAACUUUCGGAUAUGCGUCAUCGAUUAAAUAUUGAAAGAGACGGGUAUGAUGAUAGUGGUCAAUGGAAGGAUAAAAAACUUGAAGAUGAAUUUGAACCUAUCAUUCUUGCUGAACGGUAUAUGACUGACAAGGAUGAUCGAAUCCAGGAGAUUGAUAUACCAGAAAGAAUGCAGAUAUUUGAGGAGUGCACUGGCCCUCCUCCUAUGGAUGCUGAAUUCAUUGAAGAUGAAGCCAAGUGGAUCAAAAAGCAGCUAGAAUCUGGUCAAGUUCCUGGGCUUGUUAAUAUGACCCUUGGAGAAGAUGUUGAAGAUCACAUUAGAAAUUUUCUGAAAUUCACACAUGUGCAGAAACUUGAUCUUCCUUUUAUUGCUAUGUACCGCAAGGAGGACAUUUUCAGUUUGUUGAAGGAUCCUGAGAUAGGUGAAGAUGUCAGUCAUGAUAAGCCUACUUUAAGAAGGAACAAGGUGCUUUGGGUUGUCCAUGAGUUGGAUAGAAAAUGGUUGCUUCUUCAAAAGCGAAAGAGUGCUAUCCAGGCCUACUAUAAUAAAAGAUUCAAGGAAGAGUCUUGCAGAAUAUAUGAUGAGACAAGACUGAGUUUUAAGCAGGACCUUUUCAAAUCAAUUGUUGAAGCCUUGAGACUUGCAGAAUCAGAAAGGGAAGUUGAUGAUGUUGACUCAAAAUUUAAUCUGCAUUUCCCACCUGGUGAGGCUGGGGUAAAUGAGGGGCAAUAUAGAAGACCUAAUCGAAAAUCACUUUAUAGCAUGUCCAACAAAGCUGGUUUAUGGGAGAUUGCCAGUAAAUUUGGCUACAGUUCUGAGCAGUUUGGCGCGCUGAUCUCCUUGGAGACAAGAGUGGAUGAACCCGAGGAUCCAAAGGAGACUCCUGAGGAUUUUGCCUCAAACUUUACCUGUGCAAUGUUUGAUUCGCCUCAAGCUAUUCUAAAAGGUGCUCGACACAUGGCAUCAGUUGAGAUAAGUGUUGAGCCUCGUGUAAAGAAGCAUUUUCGUAGUAUAUACUUUGAGAAUGCAGUGGUCUCAACAUGUCCAACAUCUGAUGGGAAUGCCAUUAUAGAUUCUCUCCAUCAGUUUGCAAGCGUCAAGUGGUUACGCAACAAGCCAUUGAAUAAAUUUGAGGAUGCACAGUGGCUUCUUAUUCAAAAGGCUGAAGAGGAGAAGCUACUUCAGGUCAAUAUUAAAUUGCCCGAGGAAAACCUUAAGAAGCUGAUAAGCGAUUCUGAGGAGCAGUAUACUAGCUGUGGUGUUAGCAAGCUAGCACAGCAGUGGAAUGAGCAAAGAAAACUCAUAUUAAAGGAUGCGAUUUUGGAUUUUAUACUGCCAACAUUGGAGAAAGAAGCUAGAUUGUUGCUGACUAGCAGGGCUAAGUCAUGGUUGCUCAUGGAUUAUGGCAAACAUCUCUGGGAUAAGGUUUCUGUGGCUCCAUACCCACGAAAGGAAAGCGAUCUUAACUCAGAUGAUGAAGCAGCUCCAAGGGUUAUGGCGUGCUGUUGGGGUCCAGGAAAGCCACCAACCACUUUUGUGAUGCUAAAUUCUUUUGGCGAGAUUAUUGAUGUCCUAGAGGCUGGAUCAAUCAGUCUGAGGUCUCAAAAUGUUACAGACCAGCAGCGUAAAAAGCAUGACCAAUUAAAACUUUUGAAAUUCAUGACCGAGCAUCAACCACAGGUCGUUGUCCUGGGUGCUGUCGGUCUGUCUUGCACCCGGCUGAAAGAUGAUAUCUAUGAGAUUGUUUUUAAGAUGGUUGAAGAAAAUCCUAGAGAUGUGGGUAAUGAAUUGGAUGGGCUGAGUGUUUUCUACGGGGAUGAAUCUUUGGCUCGUCUAUAUGAAAAUUCUCGUAUUUCAUCUGAUCAGAACCCUGGGCAUAAAGGUGUUGUGAGACGAGCUGUCGCCCUUGGACGCUACCUCCAGAAUCCAUUAGCCAUGGUUGCAGCUCUUUGUGGACCAGGAAGGGAAGUUUUGUCUUGGAAACUCAAUCCUUUAGAAAACUUUCUUAAUGCCGAUGAGAAGUAUACAGUUGUGGAACAGGUUAUGGUUGAUGUAACAAACCAGGUGGGGCUUGAUCUAAAUCUGGCCGUAAAUCAUGAUUGGCUAUUUGCUCCAUUGCAGUUUGUUUCUGGUCUUGGGCCUAGGAAAGCAGCAUUUUUACAGCGGUCACUUGCUAGAGCUGGGGCAAUAGUCACAAGAAAAGACUUGCUGACUACGCAUGGACUUGGGAGAAAGGUGUUUAUUAGUGCUGCCGGUUUUUUGCGUAUUAGGCGUAGUGGCUUAGCUGUUAGUACCAGCCAGUUUGUUGACGUGUUGGAUGAUACAAGAAUACAUCCAGAGUCCUAUGCCUUAGCACAGGAAAUGGCGAAAGAUAUUUAUAGCGAAAUUGUUAAGGAUGAUAAUUUUGAUGACGACGAUAUUGAGAUGGCAAUUGAACACCUCAGAGACAGACCAAGUGCAUUGAAAUCAUUUAAUGUUGAUGCAUAUGCAAAGGAUACUGACCGUUUGUCUAAGAUAGAGACCUUGCAUGCGAUAAAGCUGGAGUUAAUUCAGGGAUUUCAAGAUUGGCGUAAAGCAUAUGAAGAACCUAAUCAAGAUGAAGAGUUUUUUAUGAUUUCUGGGGAGACUGAUACUACUUUGAGUGAAGGACGAGUUGUUCAAGCUACAGUUCGCAGGGUGCAACCUCAAAGAGCAAUAUGUGGCUUAGAAUCAGGAUUAACUGGUAUGCUUAUGAAGGAAGAUUUUUCAGAUGAUUCGACAGAUUGUGAUAUGACUGAGAAGCUGCGUGAAGGUGAUAUUAUCACUUGUAAGAUAAAAAGUAUCCAAAAGAACAGAUACCAGGUGUUCUUGACUUGCAAAGAGAAUGACAUGAAGAAUGUUGGGCAGCAAAAUAUAGAGAACCAGGACCCAUACUAUCAGGAAGACCGCAGCAGCUUACCAAGUGAACAAGGCAAGGCUCGCAGAGACAAGGAGCUUGCAAAGAAGCAUUUCAAGCCGAGGAUGAUCGUUCAUCCUCGUUUUCAGAAUAUAACUGCUGAUGAAGCGAUGGAGCAUUUGGCAGACAAGGAACCUGGGAAUAGUGUUAUUCGUCCAAGUUCCCGUGGUCCAUCGUAUUUGACAUUGAGUCUAAAGGUGUAUGAUGGUGUAUUUGCUCACAAGGAUAUAAUUGAAGGUGGAAAGGAGCACAAAGAUUUAACAAGCUUGCUUCGAAUCGGUAAAACUCUGAAAAUUGGAGAGGAUACUUUUGAGGAUCUGGAUAAGGUCAUGGACCGUUAUGUUGAUCCCUUGGUUACACAUCUGAAGGCAAUGCUGAACUAUCGCAAGUUCCGAAAAGGGACAAAAGCUGAAAUUGAUGAAGUCCUUAGAAUUGAGAAGUCGGAUAACCCUACUAAGAUAGUUUAUAGUUUGGGAAUUUCACAUGAGCAUCCUGGCACAUUUAUUCUUACAUACAUUCGAAGUUCAAAUCCCCGUCACGAGUAUAUUGGUCUAUACCCCAAGGGAUUCAAAUUCCGCAAGAGGAUGUUCGAUAAUAUUGACAAGCUUGUAGGAUAUUUUCAGAAGCAUAUUGACGAUCCCAUACAUGAAUCACAGUCAAUUCGAUCAGUUUCUGCUAUGGUGUCAAUGCAAACUGGUGAUUCCUCUGGAGUUGGUGGAUGGGGUGGCUCAGGCGGCAACGAUGGUGGGUGGCGAGGAUCUUCUGAUAGAGAUCAUUCUGGGACAGGGCGUAAUGAUGACAGAAAUGGAGGCCGAGGCCGUGGUCGGGGUCGGGGCAGGGGCCGUGGCCGUGGUGGUCGAGGCUCAUAUGAUGGAAAUAGGGAUAGUGGUGAUUCCACCUAUGGACAGAAGUGGGGCUCAGAUGACAGAGAUGGUGGAAGCAGGGAUGGUGGUAAUUCUACUUACGGACAGAAGUGGGACUCGGAUAACAGAGAUAGCGGGAACAGUUCCAAGUGGGGUUCAGACGCUAACAAUAAUAAAGAUGGUAAUAAUAGUAGUUGGGGAAGCUUUCCUGGUGCUAAAGUCCAUAAUGCUCCAGGUGAGGAAGCUUUUCCUGGUGGAUGGGGUUCUAGUGGAGGUGGCGGUAGUAGUAGUGGUGGAGGUUGGGGUAAUAGUGCAGCUGGAGGCAAAGGUGGCGGUAAUGACGGAGGUUGGGCUGGAUCUGGUGGUAGUGAAGCUGGAAGCAUAAGUGCCGGUAACGACGGAGGUUGGGGCGGAUCUGGUGGUAGUGGAGCUAGAGGCAAAGGUGGCAGUAAUGACGGAGGUUGGGGUGGAUCUGUAGGCAAAGGUGCCAGUAAUGACGAAGGUUGGGGCGGAUCUGUAGGCAAAGGUGCCAGUAAUGACGGAGGUUGGGGUGGAUCUGGUGGUAGUGUGGCUGGAAGCAAAGGUGGGGGAAGUGACGGAGGUUGGGGUGGAUCUGGUGGUAGUGGUGGAGGUGGUGGAGGUUGGGGUGGAUCUGGUGGUAGUGGAGGAGGUGGUGGAGGUUGGGGUGGAUCUGGUGGUAGUGGAGGAGGUGGUGGAGGUUGGGGUGGAUCUGGUGGUAGUGGAGGUAGAGGUGGCAGUAAUGACGGCGGUGACAGUGGCAAGGAUUCUGGAUGGGGUUCAGCUUCUGGUAGCAAGAACAACUCCAAGGGAUGGGGUGGCAGCGGCGGAGGUGGAUGGUAGGUGCAAUGAUGGAUUUGUCUAAGCUGAAAUUGAUGAAAAUGUCAUCAGCUUUUAAAGUAACUUGUUCAAGGUAAUUGUAACUUGUAAGCGGUUAGUGCUAAGUAAUAUUAUGUAAUAAUAACAGUCUGAAUUUCCUGGAUUGUAUUAUUUCCUGAAAUUCACCAAAAAAAAUUAGUGAUUGUGACUUAUCUGUAAAAUUUAGGUGCUAAAAUCUUUUGUUACUGAUUAUUGAAUCAGGUUUAAAUUGUGAAAAACUUUAUUGAA